UACUCUCAGAUUCUCAUCGACCCCAGCUCUUUCAAGUGCUACUUUAAAGAAUGGCCGAUUCCGAGGACAUUCAGCCUCUUGUCUGUGAUAAUGGUACUGGAAUGGUUAAGGCUGGAUUUGCUGGAGAUGAUGCCCCAAGGGCCGUCUUCCCCAGUAUUGUUGGUCGACCUAGGCACACAGGUGUUAUGGUGGGGAUGGGACAGAAAGACGCAUAUGUUGGGGAUGAGGCUCAGUCCAAAAGAGGUAUUCUCACUUUGAAAUACCCUAUUGAGCAUGGGAUUGUUAGCAAUUGGGAUGACAUGGAAAAAAUCUGGCAUCAUACUUUCUACAAUGAGCUACGUGUGGCUCCUGAAGAACAUCCUGUGCUCCUUACUGAGGCACCCCUCAAUCCUAAGGCCAACAGGGAGAAGAUGACACAGAUCAUGUUUGAGACCUUCAAUGUCCCUGCUAUGUAUGUUGCUAUUCAAGCAGUUCUCUCCCUCUAUGCCAGUGGCCGUACAACAGGUAUUGUGCUGGACUCUGGUGAUGGAGUCAGUCACACAGUUCCCAUCUACGAAGGUUAUGCACUUCCACAUGCCAUUCUGCGGCUUGACCUUGCUGGACGAGAUUUAACAGACUCCUUGAUGAAAAUCCUGACCGAGAGAGGGUAUUCUUUUACUACAACUGCUGAACGGGAAAUUGUACGUGACAUUAAAGAGAAGCUUGCAUAUGUGGCACUUGAUUAUGAACAAGAACUUGAAACUGCUUCAAGCAGCUCAACAAUUGAGAAGAGCUAUGAACUACCUGAUGGUCAGGUAAUUACCAUUGGAGCAGAGCGUUUCCGUUGCCCUGAGGUCCUAUUUCAACCAUCACUAGUUGGAAUGGAAGCAGCUGGUAUUCACGAGACCACCUAUAACUCGAUUAUGAAGUGUGAUGUUGACAUCAGGAAAGACUUGUAUGGUAACAUUGUGCUCAGUGGAGGGUCCACCAUGUUCCCUGGAAUCGCUGAUAGGAUGAGCAAGGAGAUAACAGCCCUUGCACCAAGCAGCAUGAAAAUUAAGGUGGUGGCACCUCCAGAGAGGAAAUACAGUGUAUGGAUCGGAGGAUCUAUAUUGGCUUCCCUGAGUACAUUCCAGCAGAUGUGGAUAUCGAAGCCAGAGUACGAUGAAUCCGGGCCAUCCAUCGUCCACAGAAAAUGCUUCUAGACAUGUGAUCAUAUUGUCUUUUCUUCCUUGGAUUGUGUGGUUCAAUUGGCAUUGUCAGAUUAUGGUGUGCUUCCUGAUCUCUUUGUAAUUUUGUUCCUCUUUCUUGUUGCUACAUUCACUUUCAUACCUGCACUAGUUCUUAUAUCAGCUCAGUAGUCUAUGCAGUUGUUUUGUACGCAUUGUUUCUGUUGUAUUGCUUUACUGCUUGUCUCGGUUCUUGAAAUAGAAUAAAUACGAUAGCGUCAUUGUUCAGGUU